AUGGAAUCUACAAAUAAUAAUAUAAAUAUAAAUGAUGACUCAAAUAAUUCAUAUACAUCUUUAGAUAUCAAAGAUCUUUAUAAAAUUGAAUUGUUAUAUUCAGAAUAUACUUCAAUUAUGAAUUAUAUUAUUCAAUGUUGUAAUAUUUUAACAGAUUCAGCAAUUUUGAAAAAUCUUAUAGAUUCUGAAAAAUCCAAUUCUUUAGAAGAUAAAAAACUUGAAGAAGCAUUAAAAAGUCUAAUUGAUUCUAUGGCUUAUAUUAAAUUGCAAGAAAAUAUAUUAUCCCAAAUUUCAAAAGAAUCCAAUAAAGAUAUUAACUUAGAACUAAAAUUUCAAGAACUUUAUAUGAAAAAAAAAAAAGAAUAUGAUUCUCUAAGUUCUUCUCAAAAAUAUUCUAAAAAAAGCGAAUACAUUGAUUUCAAACAACGUAUAUUAAACGUCCAUCGUAAAAAUGCUCGGACUUUAACUACAGAAUCCAUUUUUAAGGAAACAUUCAUUUCAGAUGAUGAAGAUAUUGUUAUAUCUUAUCUAGAUCAAAAUAUAAAAUGCCCUCUUACUAUGUCAUAUCUUGAAGAACCCUUAAAAUCAAAUAUUUGUGGCCAUUAUUUUUCUAAACAUGCAAUUUUAGAGAUUCUUAAGUUUAAUAAUGGAAAAUAUAUAUGUCCUAUAGUAGGAUGUAACAAAAUAAUUGAUAAUACUGUAUUAGUUCCUGACAAAAUAAUGGAAAGAAGAAUUAAUAUAGCUAAAGAGUUUGAAAAGGAUUUUGAUGAGUCAGAAGAAAAUAACAGAUCUAAAUAUAUAAAUCUUGAAUAAAAUUGUUAAUUUAUCAUAAAAUACAUGAAAUAACAGAAAAAUCGU